UUUAUGCAAAACCUUUCAGAAAAGACAAAGAAGAUGCAUUAUCAAGCUUGAUUAAUAAUAUUGAGCUACCUUUGAAGCAAGAUAAUAAUCAUCUUAAAAAUUUAUCACCUACUCAUAAUGAUGCUCAAGAUAAUCAAGUGAAGCCUCUAGAAUUGAAG